AUGCGCACCCCCCUUUCUAAGGAGGGCCACAAUAAAUUACGCGCUGAGUGCCCCAGGCCUUCCCUGCUGGGCUUGGCCUGCAAGAUCCCUGAGAUUGACCCCCAGAUCACGCAAGUUUUGAACAAGUCUGGCUGGAAGCCUAAAAAGGGCCUGGAUUAUUCCCUGAAGGGAUGCCAGGACAAAAUUUUGGAUACCCUGGACCCUUUGAAACUGUAUGAUCUGCUGGAUGCCGCUACAGCUGGCGACUCAGUCCUGGAUGUCGAUGUGGCCAUAGGAUGGGUCCAGCGGGGUAUUUGUCUUCUGGGGAAUGCGAAUACCGAUAUGUCAGCGGAAAGACGUAAAGCGAUUUUGCUGAAAAUCAACCCCAAAUUGGCUGCCAUGAUGGUGGCGGAACCGAGUUCAUCCAACGAGGGGAUGUUAUUUGGUGAUACCUUCGUGAAAGACCUGGGAUCCUACAUUAAAACUUUUACGGCCAUUGAUAAAGCCCAGGCCAAUAUGAAGUGCAUGUUUGCACCUAAGGUUUUCGUAGGGGGCCGGGCGUGGUAG